AUGCUAAAUUCUAGUACUCAUAAAUAAAGAAAAAGAUUUCAAGAGAAUUAAUCUCGCUACCUUCACUAACCUAAGCCUGAUGACAGCGUUUCUUCAAAUACAGACUUAGAAACUUAGGAGCCAGAUAUUCGAAGAAGACUGGAAAGGCCUUCGAAAAAGAAAGUGUCUGUAAAGAUUCGAAACUUGGACAUCGACAGUGACAUAAUCAAAGAGGAGGAUAGUGAAGACUAUAUGAGUGAGAAAUAAUCUUAAUAAUAAAUUAAUCGCUAGGAAUCUAAUGCUGUUCUGAAUUACAUUCUUGAAGAAGAAAUUGAGAGUCCCUUUAAAAGUCGAAAUAAUUAAAACCAGGAAAUACUUUGGAGUGAAAGCAACUAAGACCCUAGCCAUCCUCUAGAGGCCUAACCAUUUAAUACACCUAAACAACAUAAAGUAGUAGACUCACCAUAGAUUGAAAGUGCAAUUAAAUCAUAUAAAAAUCUAAAUACAAUGAAAAGUCUCUACUCUCCAGUGAAAGCAUCCCAAAACCAUAAACUCAAUAACGAAACUAUCUAUUAACGCUUUAAUUUUUUGUAGAGAUUAUUCCUUUACCAUAUUUUUUGUUAUAUGAAACAAUUAAAAUAGAUUAUUGAAACGUCUAUGUAGAAAAUCAAUGUGUCCCAUUUACCAAAGUAAAGUUAUCUAGACUCAAUUUAGUACAAUUUAAAAAAUGUAUAAGAGUAGAUAAAGAAAAAUGUAAAAACGAUUUUAAAUAUUAGGAUUUUUUUACCUUUAAUAAUAGAACACUCUUUAAAUUGAUUUUCUGGUAGGAUAAUAAAUAUGUCACAAUGAUUAUUGUUAUUCUUGCUAUGUUUGAGACUUAUUCAAGAUUUGUUAUGGCAAUUUUGACUGAAACUUUGAUAUCUGCGGUGACAGAAAAUGACAUGAAUAGCGCCUAUUUGCAGGCUACAGCUCUAGCAUUGCUUUCAUUGCUUGCACUGAUGAGUAAGCACUAAUAAUAGUAAAGUUAAUAAUAAAUUAGGUAUUUGAUAAGUAAUUUUGCGACUAAAAUAAGAAUGAUAUUUAUCAAUUUAAUCUAUGAGAGAGUGAUUGAAUUGAAUUCAACCUAAAUAUCAAUGUUGAAUGUAGGAAAAAUUAUGAAUCUCGUGAGUAGUGAUCUGAAUGUGAUAGAAUAUUAAUUGACCUUUAUUUAUUAAGUGGCAGUGAUUCCCGGAUCAUUAUUAUUUACCUCAAUCAUUUUAUGGGUAUCAAAUUUUUAAUUUUUAGUUAAGAUUCGAUGGCCCGCUUGGAUUAGUUGCCAUUAUAUUUUGCGCCAUUUUGUACCCUUUGCAAAUAUUGAUUCAGAAUAUCAAUAAGAGAUUGUUGUUAUAGACUAGAAAGUUGUAGGAUCAAAGAAUACAAGUAUGAUUAAAACUUAGUAAAUUAGUAAACGAACACUGUUAUUGAGGGGAUUAAGUAUAUUAAAAUGUAUGUAUGGGAGAAGCUAUUUGAAGAUAAGAUUAAUGUUAUAAGAAGGAAAGAGUUUUUCUAUUAUUUGAAUAUUCAUGCUUUAAAUUUGUUAGACCGUUCUUUCAACUUCAGUGUUCACAUUUGGGGAUCUUUUUGUUUCAUUUUAAUAUUGUAUGCCAGUGAUACUCAUUUAACUAUUUCUAACAUUAUGGGAACCAUUUAGCUCAUGUCAAUGAUCAAAUACUAUUGCAUUUUUCAAGUGUCCUAUGCCUUUUAAGCACUAAUGAAUUUUAGUGUAAUAUUUUCAAGAGUCUCUGAGAUACUUAAAUAGCAAUCCAAUAACCUCACAACGUUUGAAUAAUUUAGAACUACAUUUACUACAUACGAUGUCUAAAAUUAACCUAUGCAAUAAUUGUUACAGGAUAGAAGUAGAGGACUCAAUAGAAAAGGUAGUUUGAGUUUAUAGUCAACAUCCCUUGUUUCGAUAUCUCAAUAUUACGGCAAAUGGUCAAAGGAUGGCCCCUCUGUUAUCAGUUAAAUUAAUCUAGAAAUUAAAUCAGGUGAAAUUAUGGGAAUCAUAGGAAAGGUUGGAGCUGGCAAAACCACACUUUUAACAGCUAUACUUUAAGAACUACCAUAUUAUGAGGGAAGUGUCACCUAUCAAAAAAAGCUGAAAUUUGCCUAUGUUGAACAAGACCCUUUUAUUUAUACUGGAUCUAUCAAAGAGAAUAUUCUAUUUGGUAAAGAUUAUGAUUAAGUACUCUAUCUAAAAGUCUUGGAAGUGAGUUGUUUAGAUCAAGAUAUCUUAUCCUUCAGACAAGGGGAUAAAACAGAAAUUGGUGAGAAAGGAGCAAAUUUAUCAGGAGGCUAAAAGGCUAGAUUAAGUUUGGCAAGGGCAUUAUAUUCAUAAGCUGAUUUAUAUUUAUUUGAUGAUCCUUUAUCAGCCGUAGAUUCGAAGGUUGCUGGCAAAAUAUUUGAAAAUGCAAUCAAAGAAUUUAUAUUUAAGUUUCAACCUAAUUACAGGCCUAGUCUAAUUAAGACUCAUUAGGCUUUCAUAUAACAAACACCAUCCGUUAUUUUAGCUACACAUCAGAUCUCUUAUGCAUUAGAAUGUGACUAUAUUGUUAUUAUCGAUGGUGGCAUGAUUACUCAUUAGGGUUAGAAGAAUAAGAUGAAGAAACAUGUAUUAGAAAUCUCAAGUGUUCAUUCUAGUAAUAGCAACAUUGAAAAUCCAAUUAGAUCAUUAAAAAUCAAAAGACCUAGUAAGUUGAUUGGCAAGAUUGUCAGUUAGAUAUAAAAAUCAAGCAAGGAUGAAACCUAAAGUUUAUAUACAAAUGAAGAUCAAAAUUAAUGCGAUGCCACAUUAGAAACAUACAGAAGAUAUUUUAGUUAUUGGAAGCCUUUCUUUUUAAUCUUUAUAAUAUUGUGCCAAAAUGUUGCUAGUGAAAUUAUUAAUAAUUACUAUUACAAAGAGAUGGCUUCUUUUGAUGAAGAUAAAUAACAAGAUAAUGAUUAGAUAUUUUACAAUGCAGCCAUUUUGGUACUAGCAGCCUAUUUCAAUAAUAUCAUAAAGUAUUUUUUAAAUAUCUUUGGUGUUCUUACAUCAAAUAAUAGCAUUCACAACAAAAUGCUGCAAAAAUUAAUUCUAUCUCCAAUUUUAUAUUUUGACACAAACCCUUCUGGAAGAUUGAUCAAUCGUUUUUCAACUGAUUUGUCAUUGGCUGAUACCUAAAUUCAAUAAACUAUUACUGAUAUAUUUGAAUAAGGAUCACAAUUUUUGGUAUCGCUUGUUACCAUAGCCAUUUUAUAACCAUAUUUCACAUUUGCUGCUAUGUUUACAAUUAUUAGUACAAUCGUAAUUUUCAGAAUAACAAGAUCAGUGGUCUCUCAAUUAUAGAUAUGCGAUUUAAUAUAAAGAUCCCCUUUAUUUGAUUAAUUUAAAAUUACCAUUAAUGGAGUGACUUAAAUAAGGAUUAAUGAAAAUUAAUAAUGGAUAAGGGAAAAGUUUACUAAAUUAUCUAAUUAAUCCAUGUAGGCCAAUCUAAUAUUUUUGUAUUCAUAAAGAUGUUUUGGGUUUUAUAUUGAUUUAUUUGGGUAGUUCGCUAAUAUAUCUGGAAUCUUUUUGAUUAUAGGUAUGGUAUCAGAUCCCACUAUUUUCUCAUAAGCCUUACUAUUACUCUCAACUUUCAAUACAUAAGCUGGUACAUUGAGAUAAUUUAUGGCAUUUGAUUCUAUGAUGAAUAGUGUUAAUAGAAUGUUUGAAAUAUGUGAUUUAGAAAUUGAAAAAGAAGAGGCAGAGGGGGAAUUAAAGAUUAGAAAUUGGCCAAAAUUAGGCAGCAUUGUUUAUUCAAAUGUAAAAAUGUAAUACAGAGAGAACACUCCUUUAGUAUUAAAAGGAAUGAAUUUCGAGAUUAAGGAUAGAGAAAAGGUUGGAAUAGUUGGUAGAACUGGAGCUGGUAAAUCUUCAGUCAUUGCAAGUCUUUUCAGAUUAAGUUCUAUUUAAAACAGUGGGUAUUAUAUAUGCAUAUACUUAUUAGUGUAAUUUCAAUAGAUGAUUAAGAUAUUCGCAAAAUUAAUUUAUACAAGUUAAGAAGAGAAAUCAGUAUUAUUCCUCAAGUACCUUUUCUUUUCAAAGGCACUUUGAGAGAGAACCUAGACCCUUUUUAAAACUUUGAUGAUAAAUCUUUAUUAAAUGUCUUAUCUGACACAGGUUUGGAAGGUUUUAUUUAAUAAUUACCUAAUGGUUUGGAUCAUUAGAUUGAACCAGAAUUCUUUUCUAUUGGUUAGAAAUAGUUAAUCUGUUUAAGUAGAGUUCUGUUGAAUAAGAAAAAGAUACUGAUUUUGGAUGAAGCGACUGCAAAUGUCGACAUGAUAACUGACUGCUUAAUUUAAUAAAUCAUCAAAGACAAGUUUAAUGAUUGCACAAUAUUCACUAUUGCACAUAGAUUGAAUACAAUAGCAGAUUAUGAUAAAGUUCUUGUUUUGGAAGAUGGCAAAGUCCUAGAAGAAGGACAUCCAUAUGAACUAUUAGUUCAAAAUCCAAAGGUUUCAACAUACAUAAAUAGUGACUCUGCAUUUUCUAAGAUGGUGCUUUAGACAGGAUAUAAAAAUAGCAGUUUAAUAUAUGCUAUGGCAAGAAAAAGCUAUUAAUAGAAACAUGUAAUUUAGAGCAAAAGUAGUUGUAAUAGUAAUAUCCAGGAUGUAUCUCUUAGUAGUAUUAAUGAAUUUAACGUUUGA